CCGAAUCUCACGCCUCUCUCUCUCUCUCUCACCCACCGACUUUACUCAUCUGUAACUGUGCCGAAGAAGCCAUCUCUUUAACACUCAACCACUCGCACAGAUCUCAACCUUGUCUUCUCUCUGCACAAAGCUCUCUAUACGAUUAGUCACAUCCAUCAUUCAAGUAGAUUUGCAAAUCUCAUACCUAUACCAGGUAUUCUUUAUCUUCAAGCAAACAAGCCCCUUUCUCUAUAAAAUGGCCCCAAUCCGUGCUGGUAAAAGCCAUAAGCGAUCGAAGAAGAACACCGCGGAGAAGGUUGGGGCAAACGUUGUGAGGUGCGGAAGAUGGGUUCUCCGACAAACGAAAAUUCGAAAAGCUAGAGCCCAAAUUUUUUCUCCAAAGACGCCUCCAAGACAAGUUCCAAGUCAGGUUUCAGUCAAGAAGAAGAAGCAUUCAUCUUCUCCCUUCCCUUCAGAACAGUCGUGCACCGGCGAGAAUAGCAUACCAGUGGGUAGAAUGGCUGAUGAUUUGUCGGAUAUUGGGAUGUGGGGGUACUCCACUGUGGAGACUUUCAUAAAUAUAAUGCUUGAUGAGGUGAAGAAAGAGGGACAAACUAGUAGCAAGAAAGAUAGAAACUUUACGGCUAGGCAGUGGACAUCCAUUGAGGGAGAGAUGACAGUGAGGUUGAGGAGGAGGGGAUAUACUACGAAAAAAUUGCAGGGCAAAUUUGCGCGUUUGAAGAAGGCAUAUAAGGCAUUUCUGGAACUAAAAGUCAAGCAAACAGGGCUAGGAUGGGAUGAGGCUACUGGAACAGUCACAAUGUCAGACACUGAUUGA